AUGACACCCUUGGCGACCGAAGGAGUCCGGAAUGCCGACUCGAUGCAGAAAACACGAUGUCAAACCCCGCUUUCUCCCUCUGAGAUCAACAACCUCAUUGAGGCCCUCCACCAGGGCGUGACCCCAGCCACCGGCUGCACCGAACCGAUUGCCUUGGCCUAUGCCGCAGCGCGCGCCAAACGAGCUCUUGGAAGCGACGCGAAACAACUCGACUCUCUCCACAUUGACGCUCGGGUAUCCCCCAACAUUAUGAAGAACGGCAUGGCCGUCAUGGUCCCCGGCACCGGACGGCCCGGCCUCGAGAUCGCCGCAGCGGUGGGAGCCCUCGCAGGCAACCCCGAUGCGGGGCUAGCGGUCCUGGCCGACGUCAGCGAAGACGCGGCAGAGAAGGCGCGUCACCUAGUCGAUUCAGGAGCCGUCGAACUCACUGUGGCCGAUGUGGACGAUGACCUCUAUGCCGAAACCGUCCUUCACCUCGAUGGUCACCACGCUCGAGCCUGCAUUGCAGGCGACCACACAAACGUAUUCCUUGUCAGCCGCGACGACGAAGUCCUUGAGAGCAAGGAACGCCCAGCCGCAGGCCACGUCCCCCCGACGGCCGCACUCCUCCAAGGCCUCAGUCUGGCCAAGAUCUACGAUUUCGCUACCACCGUGGAUAUUGAGCGCAUCGAGUUCAUUACCGAAGCCGAACGCCUCAACAGCGCCUUGGUCGAUGCUGGACGAGACGGCUCCUACGGGAUUGGUGAAGGUGCCGCCAUACUCGGAUCGAUCGACCGCGGCAUGGCCUCAGACGACCUGUGCACACGCAUGACCGCAUACACUGCAGCCGCCUCAGACGCACGAAUGGGCGGCAUCGUCGCCACCGUCCCAGUCACUGUCGCGGCGGACUACGCAGGUGUCGACCACGAACGGCGCGUGCGCGCCCUGGCCCUCUCUCACGCCGUCGCGCUCUACGCCCACGCCGGGCUUCCCGUGCUCUCCGCCUUCUGUGCCGCGACCACAGCAGCGAUGGGCGCGGCAGCCGGGAUCUGCCUGGUGUUAGACGGCUCCUACAGCGCGGUGGAACGCGCAGUCGCAUCAAUGACCGGCGACGUCGUCGGCAUGGUCUGCGAUGGUGCCGGCUGCAGCUGUGCGUUGAAGGUCUCCGCCUCAGCGAAUGCAGCCGGCCGUGCCGCCUUGCUCUCGCUGGCAGGCCGACGUGUACCUGGAACGAACGGGCUGGUACACGAUGACGUCGACGCGGCGAUUCGCGGCAUCGGCCGGCUGGGAACCGAAGGAAUGAAACAGACCGAUCCGGAGAUCCUGUCGCUGAUGAUGGCGAAACAGACCGUCUGA